UCGCGGGGGACCGGCGGGCGGGUGUCAGCAAUCCCUGAAAAUGGAAGGCAGAGCUGCCAGCAAUUUGUUUUAUGGCUUCCGAGGUUCCAGUCAAUACCUGAGCUCUUCGCAUAAAGAUAUCGUAAUGGAGAAGCCUAAAGUUUCAUGUGUGAAGAGCCACAGAAAGAGUAGAAAACACCAACGUUUUGUGAAGUACAAAGAGUUCCUGCAGCAGCAUGGCACUCGGAAACUCAAGACCAUAUCACGAAAAGGAGACGGUUCAUGUUGUGCAACUAAUCAAGACAGCCAUUGUAAGCUACAUGUAGAUGAGCUGAGCACAGAUUGCUUGGAUGACCAGUCAAAACUCGAUAAGAUAAAGGCCAUGCUUUGUUCUCUUCCAACCAUGGCUACAAGCUCCUCUGUUUGUUCGACAGCAUGUGACUAUGACAGUGGCUUGUCCAUGUCAAGCAGUUCUCAUUCUAGCAGACCUUCGUCCCCUUGCUCAUGGCUAAAGCCUGGGAAGUGUGUUGCCAUUGACUGUGAGAUGGUUGGCACAGGGCCUGGUGGUCGGAUCAGCGAGCUGGCACGGUGUAGUAUUGUUGACUACAGAGGAGACGUUGUAUAUGACAAAUACAUUAAGCCACAGCUGCCAAUAACAGACUACAGAACACGGUGGAGUGGUAUCACCAUACGUCACAUGAAAAACGCCAUUCCGUUUAAAGUUGCGCAGAAAGAGAUCCUGAACAUCCUCAAGGAUAAGAGAGUAAUUGGACAUGCAGUGCAAAAUGAUUUUAAAGCUCUAAGAUAUUACCAUCCCAAGGAACAAACAAGAGACACGAGUAGAAUACACCUGCUCAUCCAAAUGGCAGAACUGUCACAUACACCUUCUUUAAAGAGUCUAGCAUGGUGUCUUCUGCAGAAACGGAUACAGGUGGGUAAAAAGGGACACUCGUCAGUGGAAGAUGCUCAAACAUGCAUGGAGCUAUACAAAUUGGUAGAGGACCAGUUAGAACAAGACCUUCUUAAUGACAUUCAGGAAGCCACUGUAAGCAUUCCAGAAGAGGACCGUACUGUAAAAAACAACCACUACAUGGAUGAUCAAUACUGGCCAUCAGACUUGGAUGAAGACUGCAAAUGAUUGCCAAAUACUAAACUGUAAUAUGUAUUCAUGUAUAUUUAAAUAUUUGUUAGUAAUUUUAUUGCUGGUUUUGUAUAUUUAAAUAACUUAUUGAAUACUGUUGGCAGUAUAUAGAAAUGAAUGAGGCAGCAGCAUUAUUACUUGAACCAUCUGUAAGAGAAGGCUGUAACAGAUUCUGUAGCAACAGGCAAAUGUUCAGGGCCCAUUUGC